AUGCGAAGGGAGGGCGUGAUCGGAGAGAGCGCAAGUGACACGAGGUUGGAGGGCGCGUCUCCCUGCAUCUCCCGCUUGCGCACGCCGGUCGCGCCCGUGCGCGUGUUCUUCUGGUCGCUGCGUCAGGCUCGUCCCUCGACGGCUCCAGUGUCUUUCCGAGCUGGGGUAUGCUCAUUGCUCGUCUUUCCUUUGUUACGGCUCCUCUCAUUCUCUUCGUCCUUCUCUGUCGGUCUACCGACGUUGUCUUCGCGCACCGUCCUUUUGCGUUCCUUCGUCCAGGCUACUCGAUUCGUACCCUCCCAGCCUAGCCGACUCUGCGUCGCCCGUCGUGUUGUUGUCUGCCGCUACCACCGUUGUUGCUCCUCGCUUGUCCCGGCUCCCGCGUCUGUUCUCCCCCGGGCUCCUGUCGCUUAUCCGUGCAUGUUCGCCGCGCUGCAUCCUCCCGCCUUGUGCCCCCCUGCUGCGGGGCUGUGUCGCGCGCGUGCGCUCCUCUGCCUCUUUUGCUCGCCUUGGGCCGCUCUCCCCUGCCUCCUUCUCUCUUUCCGUGCUACGCUCGGCGCCGCCUCUCUCUCCGACGUGUCCGGCCUUUUGGAGCGGGGCCCGCCCGUACGCUCGUGCGCCGCUCUUUCUUUCCUCGGGACCCCCGCCGCCCUGCUAGGAUGCUCUGCCGCCUCGCCGCUCGUCAGAGCUGUGAGUCCUUCUCUCCGUCGCCUUCUGUGUUGGUCUCUUCUGGAGGUGUGA